CGAGAGGGGGAAGGGGCAAUGUCGGAAGAAGUUGCCCUGGUCAAGGAAGAGCUGGCGCAGAAGCAGCAGGCACUAGAAGCCCUCCAGCGAAACUUCGAUGACUUCCAGGAGUCCAGCCGCGAGCUGGAAGAGGAGCUAGAAGCUGAGCUGGGCAGGACCCAAGAUCAGGUGUCGGAGCUCACGAGCCGGCUAGCCGAGGUCGCGGAGCGCCUUGGCGAGCAGCAGGCCAAGAAUCGGGCCAUCAGUGGGGAGGCACGUGUGGCGGUAGCCCAGGCGGAGACAGCGCGGCUUAAGGCCGCCGCCGUUCGCGCGGCUGCGGAGAAGACCAGCCUGGAGCAAGCCGCUGACGAGCUCGAAGCCAAGUGCAGGGCGGCGGUUGCAGCCGAGGAGGACUCGAGGCAUAAGCUGGACCUCGCCAUCGAGGAGAAGAUCUUCGUGUCGAACGACCUGGAAGACCUUAGGGCGGAAUCCCUGCGCACGGAGCGACAGCUGAGGUCCGACGUCGAUGACCUUCGCCAAGAGCUCGGGCGGCUGCGCAGCAACAACAACAGCGGCAGCGAUGCGGGGAGCGGGGCAACCACCACCCGAACCCCUCCCGAGAUGGCCCUCCGUAGACAGGUCUCAUCCCUCUCAGACGCGACACUUUGCGCCGGCGGCCCUGACGCCAACGAAGACACCGCCACUAUGAUAGAUGGCGACGAAUUGCUCUUGUCGGUGGACGCCAGGCUAGAGACGGGUGCGGGUCUGGAUGACGGGGCUGGGAUCGCGGAUGAACUCAUCAAGGCGAGAUACACGACCCGCCUGAAGACGGAACUGUUGCACGCCGAAUCAGCCAACGACGAGCUUAACGUCGAGCUGCAGCUGCUGCAAGAGAUGGAGCUGGCGAGGAGAACCGGCGGCACCGGGGAGUCCGCGGCUGGCGCUUCGUUGAACGAGGAGGGAGUGAGGGGUUCGAACGGAGGGGGCGAACGGACGGAGUCUCCACGAACGCUUGCGGAGCAGGCCGCCCUGAAGCAAGACCUGGCGGAUGCCAUGGCGACAUGCGAGGAGCUGGAUCAGACUGUCACAGACCUGACAGACGACCUACACGCCAAGGACCAACAACGACACGUAUUGGAAACCCGGUUGGCCGAGCUAGAGGCGGAGCUUGGCAGCAAGACACAGUCGCUCGAGGACCAGGUGUUGGAGGCCAAGACGAACGCGUCGUCGCUCACGGCUAAGCUGGCGGACACGACGGCGGAGCUGCGCGCCUCCAACAGCCGCGUCGAGGACGUGACGGCUAAGGCGGCCUCCUUGCGAGAGCAGCUCUCCGAGCUCACCUCCACGGUCUCCGACAUCUCCGACCAGCUGCGAGAACGCGAGGCCCAGCUGGAAGAGGCCCAGGCCACGGCGGAGGAGCUCCAAGCGGAGCUCUCGGGCCUCCAGAAGAGCGUGGAAACUCUUUCGGCGAAGCUAGCGGAGGACGGGGCCGCCAGAAAGCUGGCGGAAACGACCGCCGCGGAGAGGGAGGAGCGCCUGCGCAGGGAGCUGCAGGAGGCGAAGGAUAACGCGGCGGCGGCGAAGGCGAAGGCGGCGGCGGCCGCUGCGGCGGCGAACAGCGGGCCCUUGGAAUCGCCCUCCCGCGGCCAGGACCCUGAGUUGACGGUGGUGGUCAGGUCAGACGGCGGCAAGACGUUGGAAGCGGCUGGCGGAAGGAGCCAGAGAGAAGGGCAGAGCAGCGGAGAGCCCGCCGCCGGCCGAGGGAAUGGUAACAAUGCCUCCGGCACCGCCAACGCCGGGGACAGGGAAGCCGCGGUUAGCUUCGCCGCGACGGGCGAAAAGGAGGAGGAUGAAGCGGGCCGAGCUAGCGGGAGCGAGCGAGAGCUGCAAGAACAGGUUGCGCGCCUGAAGGUUGCCCUCGAGGAAGCUCAGAGGCGGGGCGGGGGCGGGGGCCCCGCGGCUGGUAUCGACGGGAAGGAGUCGGCGGUGUCCUCGGCGCUGGAGAGCGGCGACGUUGACGCCCUGAAGACGGAGCUGCGCAACGUGACGCAGCUGUACAGCAAAGAGAGAGGCAUGAACGCCUCCCUUCUCUCCAAGAUUAGAGCUCUGCGGGGCAACAUCGAGGUGAUAUGCCGCAUCCGUCCACCGACGGCUGAUGAAACAGCUUCCGGCGUUCCCAUGGCCUUGGAGGCCUUGGGAGAAGGGGAGAUCGGGGUUAAGACGUCCAGCCGUCACGGUGGGGGGGGUGGGGCAUCGUCUUGGAGGUCUUUUGCGCUCGACAAAGCGCUUGGGCCGUCCACGACCCAAGAGGAAGUGUUCCGACAGGUGGAGCCGCUUGCGCUGUCUGCAGCGGACGGCAUGAACGCGUGCAUCUUCGCCUACGGCCAGACGGGUUCAGGCAAGACACACACCAUGAUCGGAGACGCAAAGGGGGGCGAGAUGGCCGGCAUCAGCUACCGCACCAUGAACAAGCUCUUCCAAGUCCUGGAGCUGAGGCAACGCCAGCAGCCCGACUACGUCUUCACAGUCAAGGUUGCCAUGCUUGAGAUCUACAACGAAGACGUGCGAGAUCUACUAUCGGACCCGCUGCCGUCGGGAAGUGGCGGUGUCGGCGGCGGCGGCAGCAGCAGCACCGGUGGGGAUGGGGCGGUGGACGGGAGCAAGCUGGAAAUCAGGCGUGACCAGGAUGGCAUGGUCCAGGUACCGGGGCUGACCCAGGUGGAAGUUACUAGCGCCAAGGAGGUGUUGACAUUGCUCGAGCGAGGCGGCGGCGCGAGGGCCGUCGCCGCCACGGGUGUCCACGACGACUCUAGCCGGAGUCACAGCGUGCUGCUGGCGGAGGUGGCGUGCAGGGCGGGCCCUGAUGCGUUGCCGGCUACGGGGAGGCUUUUCUUAGUCGACCUUGCCGGCAGCGAGCGGAUCAAAGUGUCUGGCGUGACAGGAGUUGGCCUGCGAGAGGCAACCAACAUCAACUCGAGCCUCAGCGCGCUUGGCGACGUGAUGCAGGCCCUGGACCAGAAGCAGAAGCACGUGCCCUAUAGGAACUCCAAGCUAACCUUCUUGCUGCAGGACGCGCUGGGGGGCAACUCGCGGACGGCUAUGGUGGUGACCGUGUGCCCCACGACCCUUAACGUGGACGAGACGCUCUUCGCGCUGCAGUUCGCGACGAGGGCAAGGAACAUUAGCCUGGGACCGGCUCACAAGAACGUCGGCGCUAAGAAUCUUCUCGAGGAAGGAAAGGACCUCCGGGCGAAGCUUAGGGAGGCCGGCCGGAAGAAGGAGCACGCGGAGGAGGCCUUGGCGACUCUCCAGAGGGAACACGCUCGCUCGCAGCAGAAGAUGGGGGCGCUUUUGGAGUCGCGGGUGAAGAACGUGGGCGACCUCCGGCAGCAGCUGGAGUACCAGAUCAGCUCCCUCAAGUCUCAGCUGGAAGCCUCACAGGCUACCGUGCUAGCGGAGAGGAGCAAGCGGGCGGCCCUUCAGGCGGAGACGGAAGACAACCAGCGCCAGCUCAAGCGCUCGAUGGCCAAAGUCACCGCUCUCGGCAGGGACCGCGAGGAGCGAGAGGCCAAGCUUCGCGCCAAGCAGGAGGAGGUGGGAGAACUCAAGGCGGAGCUCAGAAAGGCGGUGGCGGACGCUAAGAACGCCGAACGGCGCAUAAAUGUCGGCGGCGGCCGCGGCGGCACCGGCGCCGGCGGCGCGUCCUUCGGGUUCAAGCCCAAGGGCGGGGACAGUGGCAUUCUGGCCCCUGGGAAGGGGUCGCCUCACACCCCUUCCAGGAAACUUUCAGAGGCCAAGUAUCGGUACAACCGCCACAAGCAGAGCACGCCAGGGAGGAGGCCUCCUUCUUCCGGGGGAGAGGACGCUCCUUUCCUGACCGUCUCCCCGGGCCUCGCCGACACUUCCAUGUCAGUCAGCAGCAGCUCCGACGUGGUCACCGCCAGGAGCAGCACAGGCUCGUCCACCAGCGAGCAGCCACCACCCUCGUCAGCAAGGGCCGGGGCGGCAAGAGAGGAGCGCACGGGAAGUGUCUUCGCCGCAGCGGCAGCGGCGGGCGUGAGCGACGACGCCGCUGCGGGCAGCAGCGCGAAGAAGGCGGCCGUAGCGAACGGGGGGGCUUCCGCUACUGCUGCUGCUGCGGCGGCGGCGGCGGCGAAGGAAGCCACGGCGGGUAGUGCCCAAGGACAAAACGGUGGAGGCGAAGCAGCAGCGGCACAUGGAGGUGCGGCGGGCUCUAGCGGGGCGGAUGAUGUGGCCGACGCCAUCGCUCGAGCCACGGCAGUGUUCGCGGUGCCAGUGCCGAUCAAGGGGAAGGCUGCUGCCGCUGGCGAGGCGGGUGACAACGGUUUCGCGAAGCCCCUGCCGAAGACCGCCAGCGGCAGCGGCGGCGGGAAAGGCGGUGGCACGGGUGGCGAUGGCAAGACGUCCGGGAGGACGGCUCGCGGAAGCGGCGCGGGCUCGACCCUGAUGAAGGGCACGGCUUCGUCGACGUCGCGCCUGAAGCUGAGCGUUCCCUCGGCGUUAGAGGAAAAUCGGAGCGGGUCCACGCCACGCUCGGCUUCACGGCGACCAUCAACAGGCGUAACCCCAAGGUCAACUUCGACCCCGCGGGGGUUUGGGUCCGGCUCCUCUCGAGAAACAGUCCCCCCAUCCCCUUCCCAAUCGCGGCUUGCCCGCCCCAGCUCCUUCGCCGUUUCGGGAAGGCCCACCACGAAACCUAAGACCCCGCGCACACGGAGCUCGCUGUCCGGGCCGGUGGGCCCCGCGGCCGCCGCCGCCGCCGCCGGUUCUGUAUCCAGCAGGAGAAGUUCGGUGCAACCACUGUCCCCCGCUCAGGGCGGUGCUAGCGGCGUAGGGGCUCAGGGCGGCGGUAGCGGCGUAGGAGCGCCAAGCUCUGCCAGGUCGAUUACCGGUGUCGGCGGUAGGAAGGGAUGGCUGGGUGAGAAGUCCCGAGGCAGCGUUUCGGGGGCAAGCGGCGGUAGAGGGUCAUCGGCGGUAACGCCGGGCGCGAGCACCGGCGGGGGUUCCGGCGUCGGUCAGAGGAAGGCGAGCGGCGGCGACGGUGAGCAGCUUUCGAGGGCACAGAUCGCGUUGAACAGGCACCAGGCGCGGAUGGAUCGGAUCCGCGAGAAGCGCGAGGAGAGGAUGGGAAACAAAGAACCGUCAUCUUGAGCGCUGUUUGCCUCCCUGCUGGCUGAAUACAUGUAAGCCCGACGGUGCCUUAGCUGUCGCUGGGUCGCACGCGUUUUGUGCUACUUGUUUCGGCGGCAUUAGUUGGCGGCUGAUGCACAUACGUGGGGGGCGAACCCAUGCAUUUGCCAUGGCGGCGUGCGGUCAUUGGACGUCGCAUACCUACGAAGUUGAGACGCGGAGGAUCCAACUUGUGGCCGCUCGUACAGCAGAAUCAAGCGCCAACACGUUGAGGUGUCCGGCGAGUCUCAUGAAGGGUUACGGGCCCGCGCGAAAUUAUUGUUGGAACUCUUGUGCCUUCCUGUGCCCAUUUCCUUGCAGGUAGGUGGAUGGAGGCUUGUAAGUGCCCCCAUUCGUCACUUCGUGAGUCCGUUUCCAUAGAAAGCAUUUUGUAACAUCCCGUCCCGUAGAUUUCUGAUUUGUUUUAAGAGUACGUGGCUUGAUCUUCUCCUUUUCUACAAGUAGCAGGGUUGCGGUGUUCCAUCCUGCACUCUUCACAAUUCGCGACUUUCACCAACAGUUGUGGAGCAAGGAAAGAAGCAGUGGCCUGGUGUACCUUACCCGCCGGGCUUGUGUGUGACGCUAUCGCCUUCCGAAGGCAAUCUCCCGGUGGUUGAGUCCUUUUGAGCUACGGUGAGGGACAGGGGGUUAAGAGUGGACGGGGGCGUCUGUUCGGUUGUAGUUUGGUAAGUGGUCCGAUCCCCUAUAUGACGUCGUUUUCUGUUUUGGUUCAUGUCUAUCCGCCGUACCAGGCUGGAUAGGAAUUCGCGUGGCGUGGGUUUUGACGACAUGCGCGUUCGAAGCACAUCCCUUUGGAAGGGAUAUUUGUCGAACCUUUUAGUGCAAGUCUAAAGAAGUAGCCAGGGGCCUGCGGCGUAGCUUGUACGCUUGUGCCUCGCGAAGUUUUGUUGCUGUUGGGGGGAGUUGGUUGGUUGCAGAUCCCAUGCCUUGCCACGCUAAAAAAAACUAGUGCCUUCCUGCGCGGAUUGUUGUUGGUUGGUUUUGAACUGCUCGGGGCAGGCAACUGCGUUUCGUAUUUAAUUCCGUUCCCGUUGCGAUCGGUGUGUGAUGCUGUGGUAUAACAGAGAACAGGGAUGGUGUGAUGCUGCUUAGCUUCAAGACUGGAGUGCUUGGGUGUACCGUAUGUUUCGACACUGCCUUGUUUGCGUCCACGAUUGCUGUGUCUACAAGCUGUGCUUGAGCUGUGGUUGUGCUGCACGCACGCAUUUGCUCUUGGUAUUCUGUGGUAUCCUUUGAUGUCGGGGGUGCAAGUGUUGCUCUCAUCACGCAACAGGGCUAUGUCCCGUACAUACACAAGCUGUAGACGUGUGCUGGUUUCUUAGUUGUUAAAGGUAGGAUGGUAUGCUUUGUAAUACGUAGACAGACGUGCUUUUUGACGUGUUAGUCGGUAUACGAGGAUAACAUGGCGACCGAUGGGCUGCGGUCUACUGUCGGUUUUUGGUUGAUCUGACUGAAGAAUCCCGACUUUGACGCCGUCCCGCGUGAAGACUUGAAGGCAUGUUCCCGGGAGGAAUUUUUUCGUUUGUUGG